UGACUAAAUAGGCUCUUUCGUUGGCCCAGUCGCAUCCUAUCGGUAGGUGAAUAGAUGAUGCACGAGCCUGGCGGUGUCCAAAUGGCGAAGCAUGCAGCCCUGUGCCUGAUGCUGCUGCCCCGGUUCCUCCUGGCCGCCCUCAUGUUGUGGCUCCUGGAUUUCUUGUGUAUUAGGAAAAAAGUACUGCUGAAAAUGAAAGGGAGGCAGGACAGCCCGGACGACCCGCCGGUGUGCGUCUCUGACUCUAAUAAGAUGUUCACCUUGGAGUCCCUCAGGGCCGUGUGGUACGGCCAGAAAUUGGACUUUCUCAAAUCAGCGCACCUCGGGCGCGCGGCGCCCAACACCGAGGUGAUGCUGGUCCAGGAGCGGCGGAGGGUCCGGAUCCUGGACUGCAUAAAAGGGAAGAGACCGCUCAUCCUUAACUUUGGAAGCUGCUCCUGACCGCCAUUCAUGACGCGCCUGGCGGCGUUUCAGCGCGUCGUGAGCCAGUACCUAGACAUUGCGGACUUUUUAGUUGUAUAUAUCGAGGAGGCGCAUCCGUCGGACGGCUGGGUGAGCUCGGACGCGCCGUAUCAGAUCCCCAAGCACCGCUGCUUGGAGGACAGACUCAGAGCCGCUCAGCUGAUGCUCGCCCAGGUGCCCGGGAGCAACGUGGUGGUGGAUAGUAUGGACAACUCGUCCAACGCCGCGUACGGAGCCUACUUUGAGAGACUUUACAUCGUAAGGGAUGAGAGAGUGGUGUACCAGGGGGGCAGGGGUCCAGAGGGAUACCAGAUUUCCGAGCUUAGAGACUGGCUGGAGCAAUACAGGAACGAUCUGGCGAAUUCCCAAACAUCAGUGCUCCAUGUGUAGUUAAAGAUGCUCAACUGCCUGCUGCUCUGCCCAUUCUGUUUUAGUGUCCAACUCACAGUGCAAAUAUUCAGAUGCUGCUAUCAAAUGUUCACACACGGCACACUAUGUUGUUAAGAUAUUCAGGACUCUUUGACAAAUAGCCUAAAGUCAUGUUCAAGCCUCAAUGCAGGCUGUUCUAUUGUGUUUGUAUUGACCUUAAUUGAUUGCUAUUAGCGAUUGUCUUUAUUUUUUGUAUGGAAAAGUCUCCAAUCAGUUGAAACUGGAUUCAAUUAGGCCUAGCGAUCACUCUAUUUUUCCACAAUACUGGUGUGUGUGUGUGUGUGUGUGUGUGUGUGUGUGU